AUACCAGAAGGUCGAGUCCCACGUGACUGCCCGCAGCGGCUUAUAAACAGAAGUGUCUCGCCCCAGCCGGAGAGAUCACAUAUAUAUUUAAUAAAGGUGCAUGCAUUAUGGAAUCACUUUACUAGUUUAGACAAAAGUAUUAUUUGUACACAGUACAGUAAUCUAAACACAACAGCAAACUAACACGGGUCGUUAACAUUAGACAACAAGGGCAAACACGACAGCGUUUCAAAAAGGCUUUACAAUUUUAAAACGUUUUAAAACAUACAUUAUAUAUAUUAUAUAUAUAUAUAUAUAUAUAUAUAUAAUAUAUAUAUAUAUAUAUAUAUAUAUAUAUAUAUAUAUAUAUAAAAGCAAUGGAUACGAGCGCAGGCUGUCGGUUAAACGGCGGUGGCGGUGACUCCGGCUCCGGAAUGAUCACCCUGGAAGAUUUGGAAUCCUUCACCGAUGACCAGGACUUGGACUCGGCUUGCCACAGCCAAGGCAGCGGCAGUCUGGAAGAGGACACAGAGCCCAUAGAGGAAGAGCGGGGCAGGCUGCUCCAUUACUGGCAGGAUAUCGGCAGGGUGCACCAGGUGGAUGUGCCCACAGAUAUGGCUGUGCCGAUCCACCAGCUGACAACCAACAACAACAGCAGCACAGCCCGGGAGAAGGUUCCCUUCACUCUGAUUACCCAGAAAAAAAAGUGUGGAGAAAUACUGUAUGAGAAACGGCACUAUGAGAAAGCCAAGUGGGCUUGCAUCCGAGUACACGAAGAGAAGUACGAGCAGAGCACAUGCCUCGGGUUCAUGAAGCUCAUGAGAUACAUCUGUGAGCAAAACUCAACAGGUUCCUAUCUGGGGAUGACAGUCCCCAUCGUGACAGUGGUCCGCACGGAGCAGUCCCGGUCACUGCUCUCACGGGAGGUGAUGGUCGCGUACCACCUGCCAGCACAGCACCAGGAUCACCCGCCGCAGCCCAACGACACAGACAUCGUCAUUCAAGAGUGGCCCGCGAGCAUCAUUUACACAAGAUCCUUCAGCAGCGUGACUAAUGAAGACUCCAUUCUGAACCAGAUCAGCCUGCUGGUGGAGGUGCUGGACAUGCCACAGAUCCACUUGGAGGAUUCCUUCAUCGUGGCUGGAUACACCAACCCCGCCGCCCCGGUCCGACGCAAUGAAAUCUGGGUCCUGCACAGGCUAUGACAGAGACAGCACCUUCCCUGCUUCAAUAAAGAGGCACGCCAUCCACACACACGAAGUAGAGAAUUUAUAUCCAUGUCUUAAUGUGCUGCAUGUUUCGAAAAAACAAAAUCGGAGAAUCACUGAACCCAGCUGGCUGUACGACAAUCAAGCAUGUUGUUUGACACCCUCCCCUGGCAUUCCUCAAAGCCAUGUUGACAGGCAGAUUGCGCGCGUGCACACACACCCCUCUCUCAGAUUCCUAGCAGGCUUUACAUCAGUUUCAGUGAUAGCGAAUGCACUGCGGCUUUUAUGAUACUACUAAAAGAAUCAGAAGGAGGGGAAGGUGGGUCUGCAGCAGUGUGGUACUGUGGGUCAGAGUAUUAAGAGUGUUAUCCAGACUGAUACCAGCAUAAUUGUUGUUAAAUAGUCUGACCUUUUGUAACUGCUGUUGAAGUGUACGACGUGUGUGUGUGCGUGUGUGUAUUGCGGUUUAAAAGUAAGAAAGCAAAAAGGUAUAUUUUUAUUCACCCGAAAGUUUUUAGCGUAUUAGGGUUUAGAAAUUCAAAACCAAAAAAAAAUGAAUUGUUAGACGAACAAUUAAAACAUUUUGCAGUAUUUUUUAUCUGCUAUGUGACUUUUUUUCUAAUGCAUUUUAAUUAAACAGAAAGCGGCGCAGGUCUCAUGAUUUUAAGCUCUUGUGUUAAAGGUGUUCGCAAUGCUUUUGUGUUGUAAAACGUGGCAAUAAACUGUGGAUCCUUCUUGUACAU